UCAGUUGUAGCCCAGUAACCAAGAUCAUUGAAAUAACUAUUAUCAGAAAAUGUCUUUUAUCAACCCACUGAGGUCGAUUAGUGAUCAUUCGAUCAGGGAAAUAUCUGAGGAAUUUGAGAGAAGGAUCGCAGAGUACGAGGAGGAAAUUUCGCGUCUAAAGAAGGAAAACUGUCGACAAAGGAAGAAACUGGACGCUAUCUAUAAACCUGAAGUACGGAUAUACAGAUUAGCAGAUUAUGAGAGAGCCAGAAGGAAAGCGAAGAGGGCUGAGACAACAAAUUGUCUCAAUUCCGAAAGUGACAGCAUGCUGGGAAGGUUCAAUCAAAUAAGGCAUUCAAACUCAAGGUACACAGAGUACCAGUCUUCUUCAGAGGAAGACAUAGGCCUACCACCUCAGAAGCACUGUGUGCCAAUCCCACCAUCUCCACCAGCCUCACCAUCCUCACUAUCUCAACCAGCCGCACCAGCCCCACCUGCUCCACCAGCCGCACCAGCCCCACCUGCUCCACCAACUCCACCACUCCACUCCAGAAGGCAGACAAUUACUCCAACAGAAAGGCACAUAAUAAGCCAGCUGGAAAAUCUAAAGGAAGAGGUGGCUGUUAUCAAGCAGCUCUUGCUGUCCCGUAAUAGUCGGACGUCUCCAGCUGCCGUCCUGCCAGAGGGCAUACAUCUGCCAAUGGGCAAUCUGCAGGACCUCAACAAGGUGGAAACCAUGCUGAAGGAGGAGGCCUGUUACAGUGAAGUGGCCAAGUAUCUGGCAACGCUUGGGGGUGCGAAUGCAUCCUCCAACACAAGAUGGAUCCUUGUCCGCCUGCUAACCACCCCGCUGGCCCAACAACUGUGCUGGCGGGGCUCUGGCCAGAAGUUGGCUUUUGGGGAUAUGCUGGUGUGCAGAGCAGUCAUAGAUGCUGUGACAAGAAGCUGCCAGGCCACAGCAUUCGAGGUGGAAGCUGCCAUCAAACUGUGGCUCAGAAAUGCCAGGGACAGAGACGGAGGAAGGAGCAGAAGGAGCAAAAAAUAAAUAGAUUUAAUGUUUGGGUUUUUUUUAGAUUUAAUGUUCUUAUUGUGUUCAAAUGUGGUUCUAUUUUUGUUGUUCUGUUUUAUAAAAGC